AUGAAAAACAAACACAUAAUUGAAAACAAAAAAACGGAUCGCAUUCAUUGGACAGAAAAAACAGCGGCAUGGGAGUCCAUUGCAAACGAAUUUAAUUCAAAGAGUGGCUCCCAUUACCGAUCAUCGAUUGUGUUGAAGACAAAAUAUGAAAAUUUAAAAAAAAGAACAAAACAAAAUUUUGCUUCCGAAAAGCGAAAGCUUUACCAAACUGGUGGUGGUCCUCAGGAAAUAAAUACUGAUGUGUUAGACAAGUCGAUUCUGGACCUUCUUGGUGACCAGGCCCAAGGACUACCAUCAGUUUAUGACAGUGACAUUUUAAAACCAAAAAAUGCUAUCGAAAAUGAAAAACACGAAGAAACUCUGAUUGAGCAGCCCGAAGUGAAAGAAAACCAGAGCCCUGGUUCAGUAAAUUUGACAAACGAUGCCAAAACUAAAAACAUAUAUGCUUCAAGAAAAUCACAGUUCUUACUGCUCGGAAAAGAAAUUUAA